CUUGUUUUGUUUAUGGCUGCUGUCACCGGGUUGGUAAUGUAUGACGCUGGUGGUAUUCGUCCGGUAGAUUGAUUCUAUUCUUUUCGUGAUCAGUUGUGAAGAAAAGUUUGAUACAAGAAAAUGUUCAUUGCAUGAACAUUGCACAGGACCAUCACCUGCAUUUAUAGUUAAAUUUCAAUUUAGGGAGUAUCACAAAUUUAGACGACGAAAUUCGUCGAAGUUGGUGCUUUGGUUACAUCCGUUCUACCUUACUGUUUUCACAAAGAGUUUUCAUGAAAACGCGCUGUUAAGCAAACAUUUUACUGGCUAAGUAACGUUUCGAUAGUCCGCCAACAUGAGGUGGCACUUGUUUGAUUUGUGGAUAUGACGAAUGACCAGGAUGCUCGUCUACGAUAAGUCUCCACUUAGAAUGAGUUUCUAGCAUAUCACGAAAUUCUUCCGUAUUCAUCUUAUUAUGGACUCGUCACCUUUACAAACAAUCUAGUGAACUAAAUGUAAACUCAUCCUAAUCAAAAUGAGUUCAUAUAGUUCCAUUGUUCGUAAAAAUACAUCCCCCAAUGGGCUCGGAAAGGUCGGGAAAGAUAAUAUUCAAACAGGGGUCUUGAUUGAAAAAAACUACUGCGAUCGAGCAACCGGUCGUAAACUAUCAAAUAUUCGCCUUGUAGACUCCAGUGCGUCAAAUGGUAGCAAGAAAUUGAGUGAUGAUGGGUGCACAAAUGCACAAAUGAAAUCUGAAAGAAGCAAAGAGAAUGCACUGAAUGUGAAAUCACCAAUCAAAAAUGCUAUUGGGAAUCGACAGUUUAUUCGAAAAACAGAAACAACUCACACACUUGUGACAGAUUCAACGGGAGCAUAUUUUUUACAAUCUCAAACUCAAACUCAGUCGAUGAUUAGCAAUGAUUUGGAGGAGUUCCCUGCAUUAGGUACAGGUCGACGACAUAAACGUCAUUCAAGUAGCGACAGAUGUGAUCAGACAAAUUUAAAUGGAAAUUACUUACAAAGAUCAGUACUAUCCCCAUAUGCAACAGAAUUUGUAUAUACAGGCUUUUUUGAGAAAGUUUUAUGUGACACUUCCAAAGAGAAGGAUUAUGAAAACAAUAACUGGAAAGAUGGCAGCGAUGACUCUGCUGUUGAGGAGGGAAACCUUUCGAUAAUGGAAUUAACUGAAAACGAAAGGAAUGAUGAAAUGAAAGAAACAGAAGAAGCGAAUACAGGUUUCACAAGCAGUUCCUUGUCGCGGAGGAAGUAUUUGUCGAAACUGUCGGCCGAUGCAAAGCCGUUUGAAUCAAGAGAUAAAGACGACCUUGAUACUGUUGUUAAAAAACGUGUUGAUAUAUUUGAUGCAACAAAAAUACCUUUUUCCGUGGGUGCGCCACCUUUUGUACCUAGAUCAUGUAGUCAAAAAGGUUUCUGCAAUACCGAAAACUCUUCCACUGGUACUAUGCCAAUAGUCAAAUCUCAUCACGAUCAGGAAUGGAAUGAAUCGAAAGAAAAAACUGUUCGACAAAGCUUUUCACUAGAUAAAAAACUUUUCAUUAAUAAGACUGAAAAAAACAUGGCAGAAAGUAGAGAACGUGAAAGUUCACCGUCAACCGUACUUAAGGUCGACGAUCGUCUGCAAAGCAAAUCAUCGCUUAAGCUAUCCAUUAUCAAAGACAAAAGUGAUGCUAAUGAUAUUGUGACAAAACAGAACCUAUGUCAAGUUGAAGGUAAAAAAAAGUAUCCACUGAUGCCGUUACCAUCUACACCAGAAAGGACGUGUGCAGUUUUGAAUAGUCGGCUUCAAGCUGACGCGAAUCCGUUUUGUUUCGCAAGGGAAGAAAACCAGAAUUCGAAUAGCAUAGAUUCAGUGAUUACAAGCAAAAAAUCCAUAGAUGAAUUAGAACUGAAGGAAGGUACAGUGAAAGGUUCCUCAAGUUCUCCCGAAAUUUCAGGCAAUACAACGAUUUGUAAACAACUGAAUGCAGUGGGUGGACAGAAGUUAACCGCUAUGGACGAAAAAACUAAAACAUUGCACAGUGACCACAAAACAUCAAACACCUUCGAAAGCUGGUGUAAAGACAGAAAUACUCUUUCGCAAAGAUCAAGUUUUCCAAAUAAAACCAUGAAUAUUGUCACAACUAGAAAUAGGUAUACAGAGCAAUGCAGGAAGGCUUCAUCACCUUCAUACACUAAUACUAGCUGCAGUGCAGAUGAUAGUGAGAUUUCGAUACCAGAUCAUAGUAAUAAAACAGCUCUACCGUCAAAGCGAGACAAUCCUUUGCAGAUCAAGAAUACGAUUCAACAAUCGUUUUCACAGGAUGAAGCUACUAAUGAGGAAUCUAAACGCAGUCCGGUUCUUAAGUCCUCUAAUUCAUGGGACAAGGAUACGCGUACAACAAACGUCGAUGAAUCACAAACUGUGGCCUUAUUAAAAUUACAGGCUAUGGCCGAUUCACUCAUACCUAAAGAUACCAUGAAACAUCAGGCUCAACAUGGUAUUUGUCCUGGGCAAUGUGCUUCGUCAGUUAACGGAAAUAUCGAUACACCUGAAGUUUUCGUUUCGUCACGUAAUAUUACAGAUCCGAGCAAUGCCAAAAAGGGCCCAACUCAAUUCAUUUCAUCGAAGUUGACUGUGCAACGCGGUUCAUUUAAUUCGAAGACAAUGCAUGAGAAAGUGGUUCAGCAGCAUCUGAAUGGGCUCAGAAUGCACAAUAAUGAGAAAGUAGUAAUGCACAUUAUUAAUAAUAAACCAAACCAAAUUUUUGAAGGUAAAGUAGGCGGUGAUAGAAAACUGCUUCAGACACAUAGAAUUGAACAAUCUUCAAAGAAUUUGCAAACAUUUGUAAGUUCGGUUGUAUCUGAGGAAUCAAAGGCUAAAUUUACCCCAUCAUUAAAAACAAAUACAACCAUUCAAAGUAGCACCGUCAAUGAAUUCGGUUAUGGGAAUCAUGUGCCGAAGUGCUCUACCCCAGUUCAUGAUUCUUUGAAAUUGAAUUUACUAGAAAGUCGUGGAAAUAGAAUGUGUAGUUCUCAAUCGAUUCAGUAUAGCAAACCAAUGAGACCAAUUUACAAUGUUCCUCGGUUUUUGCCCCCACGGCCUCUCAUUUCACCAACUAAUGGUGGAACAUUGGAACUAUCAAAUUUACGAACGAUUGCAGACCGAAUUAUGCCUAAGGAAAAUGUGAAGGAGUUGGUAGUAAGUAACCGUAAUUCCAAAAGCCUCGAAGAUCACUUAACUCAUUUGAAAAUGCAAAACAACAAAGACGAUUUAGGGCGGUGUUCAAUAGAAGCCCAUUCUGUGAAUUGCGCGAAGACCGUCGAAAGCGCAAAUCGAGACAUUGAUGUUACAAUUAAUAAGUCAUUCAGCAAAUUAUCAAUAUUACCAGCGACUUCGCCACCCAUUCCGCCAAGGCGAAACAUUUUAAAUCAAAAUGAUUUAAAAAAUAAUUCAAUAAUUCCUACUGGAAAGGAAGAAAAUCAAAUUUCACUGAACGAGGACAUUGGCUCAAUUUAUAGUGAGAAUAAAGCAAACACGUGGUUACAAGCUUUAGAGCAACAUUAUAUAAACAAAAUGGCAACAAGUGAUAACAUAGAUAGUAAAGAAUCUCACAGUUCACAACCCUCAAUUAUUGGCCCAUCGGAGAUCUUAAACACUGAUACCAUUCUGCAAAAACAAAUAAAAAAUCCUUUCAUAGUGGAUACAAACAUGACCAUCAAUCCGCAAACGACUUCUUCGAGAUGCACAAACCCAUUUCUGGAUGAACAAGAAAUUGUCUCUGAAACCUCACCCCUUAAUACAUUGACUGCCGUAGACAUACCAAAAGAUCCUUUAUGGUUUUAUGUUGAUCCAAAGGGUGAAACGCAAGGUCCAUUUAUGAGUAUUGAGAUGGCGGAAUGGUUUCAUAUUGGAUACUUUAAUGAUUACUUGAAAGUCCGAAGGAAUUGUGAUAAACGUUUUGCUAGCAUAGAAGAAUUUUUAAAGCUCACGGGAAGCAGCUCACCGUUUUUAGACUCAGGUUCAGUACCGCCAUUAGAAAUUGAAGAGGAAAUCCCGAGAAGAUCUACAAAUCCCUUCCUUUAUGAUAUAUGAUAUGGAAGGAGUAUCAUCGAGUGAUAUUUGUUUUUGUCGUUGGAAUGCGACAUGAAUUGAGUAGAAUGAUAGUAGUAAGAUUUUUGUUCAAUCUAAAAAGAACGUUAUUCAUAGCAUAUAUCAUAUAUAUGUUUAGUAUGGUCUUAGAUUUUCACUAAUAAGUAAGAGAUCUUUCAUAACUGUAAGCUGAAUCGUGACUGCAAUAAGUAUUCUGUUGGUAAUGAUUCCAUCAAGUUUUAUUGCUUUUACUAUUCGUAUUAAAAUGAUUUAGUCUUUAACUGGUUUUGGGAUCGAAACCUUUCCCAAAUAUUUUAUUGUAUUGUAAUCCGGUCAAUAUAUUUUUUUUUGUAAUUCUAUUUUUUGCCUUAAUAUCAUAUUAGAAAGUGUUUCAAGGAAUCGCUUAACAAAGUUAUUUACAAUGUUGGAAUAAAAUAUAUUGAAUAUGGUUUUAUGAAACUGUAUUUAUAAAGCUUAAUGGAUUUUAAGCAAACAAUUUAUCCUAAGGUCUGCAAUCCCUAAUGGACAUUAAUCCGUUUGUUCAACUUAUUAAUACAAAUAUAAUUUUAUAUCACUAUGAUAAUAGCCAA